AUGCUUCAGGUUGAAAAACAAAGAACAAAAGUAGCAGAUACAAAACCGUUAGACUAUAUCUUUACAAAUGCUGGUAGGACUAUUUCAGAUGAAGAAAUUUCAUCCCGAGCAUACAGGUUUGACUAUCCAAUUCGUUGGCUUCAAAGUCCUUCAGAUGCAAAGGCAAUAGGAUUUAGAAGAGUUUUGUUUUCAAAUAGAACUAACGCAUUUAUGUUCGCAGUAUAUUUUCAUGGGCAGUAUAAAGGUCCUAAUGGUCUAAUAGACAAAUUUGACGAAAUGAGAAUCUUUACAGUUCGUUCAGAGAAAGUCUUGAGAAAACUCUAG